AUGGUAUAUAUUGGCUGGACUUUGCUAUGUCUCGAGGUCAACGUUCGGAAAGCUCGCGCGUUGGGCGUUCCUGUUGUCCGCACCCCGUUCGACGUCAACGGCCACCUGUGGGUAGUCGUCCAGCCCCUGGCCUGGAAAUUUCUAGCUUGCUUCCCAUUUCCAUGGAGCUCGUAUCCGGACAUCAUUCGUUUCUCUCACCGAAACUGGAACUUCCUGGAGAAGAGUAGCCCUACUGCGCGCUUUGGGCCUGUGUGGGCGCUCGUGUCCCCCGGGGGCGUGCAUCUGUAUUUUGCAGAUCCAGCCGCCAUAGAGGACAUUUUCAAUCGGUGGAGAGAGUUUGUUCGUCCAGCCCACAAGUACAAAGUACUGGCCAUCUACGGACCAUCACUAUUCAAUGCCCCAAUUGAAGAGUGGCCUCGUCAUCGCAAAGCUGUGGCAGCACCAUUUAACGAGUCCAUAAUGAGUUCGGCAUGGCACGACACGAUACGUCAGACUAGGUCUAUGGCGAACUAUUGGUCUUCCCAUUCCACAGCCGGAAUACCAGAUUUGCAGCGAGAUACCCGGACUGUCACUCUCAACGUUCUCGCAUCAACUGUGUUUGCAGAGUCUGCCGACUUCGUAGGGUCCGUGGACCUUGCGAAAAAGAUCUUGUCGCCUGGGGAAAGUUUUCGCGAUGCACUACUUCUUGUUCACCAUUACAUUAUACAUUUGAUGGUGAUCCCAUAUCAAUAUCUCAUCAUGCCGUUCGUUCCCAAGGCACUAUUCAAAAUUGGAUAUGCGGCUCACUGCCUCAAGAAGUCCAUGGAAAAGGUUAUUAAAGAAGAAAGGGCCGCUCUCAAACAUGGGAAAUCAGGGUCCGGCGGACUAAUAACAUCGCUUGUCCGCGCGGUUGACCACAAGUCUGAUAGAGGCACCCUGUCACUUGAGGAGACUCUCGGCAACAUCUUCAUGAUCAACUUUGCGGGGCUCGAUACCACUGCCAACGUGCUGGCCUUCAUGAUAAUGCGCCUGGCCGGCGAGCCUGAUAUUCAAGAUUGGCUUCAUGAAGAGAUUCUCAGUGUCACUCAAGGCCGUCCGGUUCAAGAUUGCGAUUACAGCUUGUUUCCCCGUUUCAAACGCUGCUACGCUGUGUUUCUUGAGACGCUGCGGUUAUACGCGCCUGUUACUGGACUGCCAAAGAUGACGUCCAGCGGGAUGCACACUAUUCAAGUUGGGGAGCGAUUGAUCACAAUUCCCUCGGGAGUUGACGUAUUCCCCAUGUUACUUGGCGUUCAAACUGACCCAAAGUAUUGGCCUGAUCCGUUCCAGUGGAAGCCGUCCCGCUGGAUACUGCGCCCUGACGCUUCCACUGGAGUCGACGGCGAGGAGUUAUUCGUUCCACGGAAAGGAACAUUUUUCCCUUGGUCUGAGGGUGCCCAAAAUUGCCUAGGGAAAAAGGUGUCUCAAGUUGAGGCUGUUGCUGUGCUGGUCUCUUUGCUCGUCGCUCACCGCAUGCGUGUGAAGACCAGACCAGACGAAUCAAGCGAUCAAGUUCGAAAGAGAGUCGAAGACUGUUGCAAUGAUAACAACUUCAGUGUAUUGCUAGAGAUGAACGAUCCAGCGAAGGUCGAGCUCAAUUGUGUUGGGAUAUAA